AUGUUGCUCAAACCCGCGACACCUCUCACCAUCUUGCUGUUCGUCGCAUUCGCCCUUCUCUUAUUGUCGUGCCUCUCCACCCCUAUCAUCAAGGGCAUCCCACUCGCAACAUUCAAGAAUGUCGACUACGGUGUAUUUGGCUACUGCCAAGGCGAUCAGUGUACCAACAUCCAUGUGGGAUACACCGGCAACAAUAUAGAUAGCACCGGCGGCGACUUCAAUCUUCCCUCCAGCACUCGGAAAUCCCUUUCGUCAAUCUUGAUCGUCCACCCGGUCGCAGCCUUCCUCACUCUCGUCUGCCUCUGCCUGGCCGCCGCCGCGCACUUCCAUGGCCCAUCGCAUUCGCCGCGUUUCCUGCUCGCACUCCUCAUUCUACUCCUGCCCACCCUUCUGGUGACUCUUCUCGCAUUCCUGGUUGAUAUCCUGCUCUUCGUGCCACACUUGCGAUGGGGUGGAUGGAUCGUGCUGGCGUCUACCAUUAUCCUCGUCUCAUGCGGGGUGUUGACUUGCGCCAUGCGCCGCACCCUGGUCAGUCGCAAGGCACGAAAGCGUCGCAUUGCUGAGAACGCGGAAAUGAGCGGCGAGAAUUACUACAACCGACAGAAUGCGGCGGCAGCUGCUAUCGCUGCUGAGCCGGUUAUAACGGAAACCAAGGAAGCCAUGGUUUCUGGUUCUCCUACUUCGGAAUCAGGCCCGACGUUCGCUACGUUCCGCACCGAGACACGUACUAGCGAUGAUGACCGGACCCCCUCAACUCUCGCAAUCCCAAUGGAAUGCACGAUGUUCCUCCAGUGCCAAGUGCCGAUUUUCCCAAUCGCCACGGGUCACCUUAUCGCUCUCAGGAAGAAGCUGUAUUCCGAUGGUAGCAUGGGUUCUCGACGCGGUGGAGGUCCGCCUGGAUUUGGCCCACGCGGCCGAGGGUAUCCUCCUCGCGGUGGCUACGGACGAGGCGGCCCUUAUAUGGGACCACCUCGAGGUCCUCCUGGUGGCCGCGGUGGUUAUGUGGGAGGUCCGAUGCCACCGCGUGGUCGUGGGGGGAUGAUGCCGGGUCGUGGCGGAGCUCGCGGUGCUCCCGGUUAUUCGGCGGGUCCGAAUCGCAGUUUCGACUCAUAUGGCCGCCCCAUGGAUGAUGCGUAUGAUCAACCUGGAAUGGCGAUGGGCGGUCCAAUGCAUGAGCCCUCCCCGGGACCAAUUGGCAUGGCUGUGUCUGCAGACAAUGUAGGCCAAGCGAUUGAGAUGCAGCCUCAGAUGCGCCGACAUGACACACAUGAGUCGGAUCCGUCGAUGAGCAAUGUGUCUCACCCCCAUGCGCUAUCCGUGGACGGGGCCCUUGCACCUCUCGAGAGCCCGACGAGUCUCUACAGCCAUACCGAUCGUAGCUCCUACGUCCCUGCCCGUGCUGGAUGGGGUAACCAGGAACCCGACCGUAACCUCGCGCCGCGCCCUUCUCCAUCACCCGUUCACGCUGGUGCCGGCCAAGCUUCCACCAACUACUAUGAAGACGUGGAGCCACGCUUUGCCCGUCGCCCUUCACCACAACCUAACUCGUCGGUUCCUUCUGCUCUCACCCCCGGGGGCGGUCACUUCUGA